UAGAAUUCAGAACUGGCAAACGUAUGGAUAUACUAAAAGGCCCGCGCUCGUUUAAUUUAUUGCAUGAGAGCAGCUGCUUGGCGUUACCAAAUUUAUACACAUAUCCACCAACUUGGUGAAUGUCUCUAUAUAUUUUUUUUUAACUGUCUGUUUUUUGGUUGGUCCUAAAAGAAAUGGACUGUGUGGAUUUUCCUAAAGUUUAUCCGAAUUCUCCGAGGAAAGCCCAGGGGCAAAUCCAGGUCAUAUUUGGACCGAUGUUUUCAGGCAAAAGCACUGAAUUGAUGCGAAGGGUGCGGCGUUUCCAAAUUGCGCAAUACAGCUGCUUGUUGAUCAAAUACGCCAAAGAUACACGUUAUUCGGACAUAGGCAUGGCCACACAUGAUAAAAACACAAUGGAGGCAGUAUCUGCAAACGCUCUGAGAGAUGUGCAUUCAUUGGCACUGCAAAGCUGCGUCAUUGGAAUUGAUGAAGGGCAGUUUUUCCCAGACACGGUGGAGUUUUGUGAGGAGAUGGCCAAUUUGGGCAAGAUCGUAAUUGUCGCUGCCUUGGAUGGGACCUUCCAGAGAAUGCCAUUCGGAAACAUCCUGAACCUCAUCCCUCUGGCGGAAAGCGUGGUGAAGCUUCACGCUGUCUGUAUGCAGUGUUAUAAAGAAGCAGCCUACACAAAGAGGAUUGGUGCGGAGAAGGAGGUGGAAGUGAUUGGCGGAGCUGACAAAUACCAGGCAGCCUGUCGAAAGUGUUACGGAGAUCUGAUGGCGACCAAAGAAAACCGACCUCCCCUCAGGGAUGAAACUCCUCAAAAUGCACUAAAUGGAAAACUUGCGGACUCUGGAAUUCCCAGGAAGCUGUUCUCUUCCCUCCACCUCUGAACACUUACACACACACACACACACACUUGCUGAAGUAUGGAGGCCGUUGUGUGUUUUAAAGUAAAGUCUCAUUACUUUCCACACAGUUCCAAUUUAAUAAUUUCAUUUGUGGUUAAGUCAUGUUUCUUAAAUGCUGACAUGAAAGAAAUAUGGAGGUUUCUGAUCAUAGUGCUUUUAGUGCUGAUUAUGUAUUUAUAAAUUAGCAAUAUAAUCACUUCAAGCACUAUGGUAUUUGUAUGUUUAAACCUGUUUUAUUUUAAUAACUUAUUAAAUGUAUUGAUUUGAGGGUUGUGUCUUUUUUAUGGCUUUUGUUUUUAACACAAAUUGGUUAAUUUUGUCUUUCCUUUUGUUUGUAAAGCUUAGGUUGCAUGUUAUUAUUUAGAUUGGGUGAAUUUCUGUUUUGUUUAAUCUGCAAGUUUUUUUCUAAACAAUUCUGCCUUUUUGGUGUUUUAUUUGGUCGGUAUUAACAGGGAGAUUUAUUAAAGAUGCCUUACAUGUUCUUGAUGAGAUUUAAUACGUUAUAGCAACACUAUCUUUUCAUAGACUGGGCUUUGGUUUAAAAUUGAAUUGAGAAAAUAA